GAUGAUUUACUUUACACUCUAAUUUUCUUCUAUUUGUCGACUUUUGCUUCUUCCUGCGACCUUCCAUCUUUUGCCACAAACACUUCUUCAUCCUCCAUUCCUUCCUUUCCAUCAGGUGAUAAUUUGUCACAAUUGUUUAAAAUUUUCUGCUUUACGCGCUUCUUUCACUAUAGAGAACGUUCCUUGCUAGUAGCUAUAACAGAUCUUCAAUAUUUUGGAAGAAUGCUUGGUUUAAUUGUUACCCUUUUGUUUAUUUUGGUUAAUCCUCACAAAAAAUUAGCACCCAUUUCUUUUGAUCCUAAAAAGUUUCCAUUUUUAUUCAAAACCACACAAUUAUGAAGAAUCUUUAAAUUUUACCUUUUUAGAUCACUUUGAGGUUAUUUAGCUGUCAAAUUUUAAUACUGUUUCUAUCAAUGUCAAUACUUAGAUCAAUUUGAUUUUUUGUUUUGUGGAAUGGUUAUUGGUGAGUGUGAAUUUUCUAUGAAUCUGGGUUUGUUUAAGGGAAUUUUCUAAGAUUUCUAAAUAUGUAAAUUAAGCUGCUUAAAUCUUACGACCACUUUUUCAAAAGUUGUGGUACUUAACAUAGAUAUAAGCCGUGUCUGACUCUCCGUCAGUGUUGUCAAAUAGCAGUGUUAUAGCACUAUAGUGUGGCGGAAAUUUUAACCGCUGUUAUUAUUCUACGCUACACGAUUUAGUACAGAGUAUUUUUAAAUAGCAGCUAUAGCAUUGUAGCAUAGCGUAAUUUGAAUAAAUCGCUAUUUUCUGUGAUCUGCGAUUGACAACACUUAGUGAUGCCGAUUUUCUCUUUUUUGUGUCACUGUUUUUCCCCUGAUGGAAAUGGAAAGAAAAACAACCCUUCAUUAACAAGGGGUUUUGAGGAGAAAUGUAGCAAUUUCGGGGCUGUGAGUUCUGAGAAGGCAAUCAACAAUGAUCAAAUGGUGUCUGUAGAUUCUAAGGUUACAAGCAAAUGUGAUGAGUCAGUUCCGGUGAAUGUGAUUUCUGAGUUACCAAGUAGUCACGGUGCUGAAGCAUUGAUGAUUGAUUCUGAGGUCCAGAACAAUCAAUGCAACAUUACUGAGAGUGAGAUAUUCAAGUAUUCUGAACUUGAAGAAGCUACCAGUAACUUUGACAAUAGUAGAAUACUUGGGAAGGGAGGCUAUGGAACAGUUUACUCUGGAACACUUAAAGAUGGGCGUCUUGUUGCAAUAAAGCGCUUACAUAAAGACAAGUUCAAGAUGUUAAGGUUACAUGAUAACAAGCUUGAGGAGGAAACAUUAAGAAAGUUCAUCAAUGAAGUUUCAAUGUUAACUCGCAUGAGGCACGCAAAUCUUGUCCAACUUUAUGGUUGCACCUCUCCUCAGACACGUGAGCUACUUCUCGUGCAAGAAUACGUUCCGAAUGGAACUGUGUCUUGUCGUCUUCAUAAACACACGUUCCCGUGGCCUGCUCGAUUAAACGUCGCAUUACAAACUGCAAGUGCAUUGGCUUAUCUUCAUGCUUCCAAUGUUAUCCACCGUGAUGUGAAAACUAGUAAUAUUCUACUUGACAAGAGUUUGAAUGCCAAGGUAGCAGACUUUGGAUUGUCGCGCCUUGUGCCAAACGGCGCCACUCAUGUUACGACCGAUCCUGCUGGAACUCCUGGUUAUAUUGAUCCAGAGUAUUACGAACAUUGUCAUCUUUCGGAUAAAAGCGAUGUUUACAGCUUCGGAGUGAUAUUGGUUGAGUUGAUAUCCUCUUUGCCAGCAUUUAGUGAGGAUGAAAAACUUUCUUUUCUUUCUGAUUUCGCUAUGGAUAAAAUCCUUAAGGGACAACUCGAAAAGCUUGUCGACCCGACUCUUGGAUUUCAAUCAGACAAUUGGGUAAGUCAAACGGUAGGUGCAGUGGCAGAGUUAGCAUUUGCCUGUUUACAACCUCAAAGAGACAUGAGACCUUCCAUGAGUGAGGUUUUCAAUACUCUUGAAAGCAUAAAAAGUGGAAGCUCUCAAAAAGCACUUAAAUGGGGUUCAAAUAAUUGUUAUAAUGCUACCAAAGUUCACAUUGUGUCGCGUUUGCCAGAUGAUUAUUUUGAGAAGAAAUAACAUCAGAGUUGGAAUACUAUAUUUUUUUGUUACAGAAUUGGAAUACUAUAUGCUCAUGUAUACUGAUUUCAACAUCUAUAUAUACUAUCAAUAUAAAUACUAAUUAUUUAUGUAUGCUUUCAAUUAUUUCAUGGUUCUA